AUGGGCGUCUUUGGAGAAAAACAUACAUCGCUGACACGCGAGCAGAAACGCCAACUGAUCCGUCAAGCAGACACUUACAAGCUUAGGCCAACAGAGGUGUGCGAUUGGGUUCAGGCCACCUGGGGCCUCCGGAUCGCACGAGUAACAGUUUAUUCAAUCCUGCACAAACAGCGUGCUUCGCUUAUGGCUGGUCAUAAGGAUCUUUACCAAUCUAUCCAUAAAGACAGUAAUAGUGGCGCUUCUACUGCUGCAUCCUCCUCCUCUAAGAAUCCCAGCUUCACAAAUACCUACUCUAGUUCUCAGGACGCCUGUCUCGAAGCGAAUAAGGAUUCAGGGCGAGUCAACAAGUAUCGCACAAGUGGCAAGCGUUCGCGCAGCUCAAGCGCAAAUGCCUCUAGUAGUGUCGCCAGUGACUUGUCACAGCCAGAUAACUACACUGCUUCUGAAGGUACUCGAUGGGAAGGGCAACUCAAGCGCGUGCGAGAGCCGGCUUCGGUUGAGCUGGACCGAGCCAUGGUCCAGUUCCUAAAGUCCUCAGCAGCCGUCGAUGCGCAUGGCCGCCGACUCAAUGAUGCUGAGCUACAGUCUCAUGCUCUGCGCCUCGCUCGAGGCAUUCCCAGCGCUAGCCGAAUGCGGUGCUCUUUCGGUUGGCUCAGACAUUUCAAGCGCAGGCUGGGUGUCCAGUGGGCUGCGGACCGGCUCGGCCGAUACAGAUGGAUCAUCGAGACAGACCCAUUUGGGCCUUCAACAGAUACAGAUUCUCAGCCUUCUUCGGCUGCUGAAGUGGCUCCUCCCUCGGCUGAGAAGUCUGCAUCUGCUCACAAUUAUACGCCUCGCCGCAAUGCCUCCUCAAGACGCCAAGGCAAGAGGGAACACGGCGAUAAGGCAACACAAUCGGAAUCACAUUCCUAUCUUCAGCAAACCUCGGAUGAAGUUGUGGCAGGUCAUGAGGACGAUUCUUGCCAAGAAUUGUCGGGGAAGGACUAUGAGCUUUCUCCUGAAGCUGUCCAUUCCCUUGAGCAAAGCAAGCGCAAUCGGUCUACUUCGACGUCAACCUCUAAUACUGACCUACCUAAUGCAGACUCUUUCAGCCUAGAUCAAUUGCAGCAACCGCGUCGCAGCUUAGAUUUGCAUCACCACCAGCACAGGCACUAUUCGUCCUUAGCAUCGUUCCCCUCCCACACACUGGAUAUCCCUACCUCGUCACUCGCCCAUCCCUCGCAUAGCACCUUCCUCAGUCUUCAUUCGCACACUACUCAUUCCUCUAUCCUUGACUCUUUUCCCAGCCUGUUUGACUCAUUGCCUCCUCUGCAAACUGCCCCAGCCACUGUUCCCACUUCCCAACUCUUACCUAAUAACACAACUCUUAACAGCUCGAACACCAAUGCCAUCCACACUUCAUCGUCACCAUCCAAUACGGAUGUUAAUAUGAACCCUUCGCAGUUUGGUAUGAUGGUAGAUGGUGGAAUGCGCAAAGUUCCUUCUAAGGAUGAGGCCUAUGAGAUGCUACAGAGCUUGCUUCUCUAUUACGAACAGGACCAGCACCAUGGGGGUGGGCAACAAACACUCCUCCUUCCUCGUUGGAUUCAUCAACAAAGACAGAUUAUGCAGGAAACUGAUGAGAAUGAUGCCAGCUUGACAUGGAUGCGUCAAAACUAUCCUCGUGCUAAUAACAUCAACCAUCAACAGACUCAGACUAGCCCAUUGUCGUCCUCUGUACCUGCUACGUUUGCUCCUCAUCCUCUUUCACUGGCUUCGACCUCUCAGCAUCAGCCACAUCCUCUAUCAGCUCAGUCGCUAUCAUAUACCCACUCCAAUUUCUCACAGACUAGUCCUAUUCAUCCCUCACACCGCUCUGCUUCUUCAAGUCUUUCGCCACCAUUGUCGCCAGCUUCGACGUCAAGUCCAACUCCCAGUACAUUCACCUCUUCAUCACUUGACACUGGAGUAGGAGGAAUCAACAGUAAUGGUAUCAGUAAUAGUGCCACCAGUAACAAUAACAGUAUACAUCAUAGCAUGAGUGGUUCAGCUGGUCUGAAUCACUUCAAUAUCAGCUCUGCAUUCCCUUCAUUGACAUCCUCUAUUGAGCAACAAAUGUUCUUUGCACACCAUCAUGCCAUGCAGCAGCAAUUUGCAUUUCAACAACAACAACAACAUCAUCAUCAGCAGCAACAGCAACAGCAACAGCAACAGCAACAGCAACAGCAACAGCAACAGCAACAGCAACAGCAACAGCAACAGCAACAGCAACAGCAACAACAACAACAACACCAGCAGCAGUGA